AUGGAGGCCUUCUACCCACAGCUCACUCCCCAGGAGCUACAGCGACAGAUGUCGCAACAGUCUCAGCAACGCCAGAUGCAGGGCACAGGACAGGCCGGCGGCCACGGCUACCAGCAUAUGAACCAAGGUCAUGGCAUGUCCAUGAUGGGCGGCGGCGGUGGCAACGGCGGCGGCGGCACCGGCGACUCUCUCGACGACAUCAUUCGGGACAACCACCACGAACUUCAACGCCGUCGCAGCAUAACCCAGUCAUAUAUGCCCUCGAACCAGAGCGGUCAGAACGGCGCCCGCAACAGAAGAGUGUCCAUGAUGGAAUUCGGCGCCGACGACAACCAGAUGCUCAACUACCCUUUCCAGAACCCGGCGUCAAUGAACGGCGAGUUCACUAUGGCCAGCCCAAUAGGCAACGGCAUGGACAGUUCCAUGUCCAACAACGUCGGAGCCAUGGGGAACCACGUGCCUGGGAACAUAUCCGUUCCGGGUCCCAUGGAUGCGUACUCCGCUCAGGACGCACUGCAGAUGUCGCCGACGAAUGCCUUCACCACCUUUUCACCCGACAUGAUGAGCUCGAUGAUGCCUCCAAACUACUCCAGCAUGUCGGUUCCUACGAUGCCUACAACAUCAAGUAUGAACAUGUAUGCUCAGACCUCAAUGGCCAACGCGUUCCCGAGCCCCCUAAACACAAACGCUGCCGACAUGACCAUGGACUUGGGCGCCGAUGAAACACCCGGGGCAACAUCACAGAGUGCUCUCAACACCCCACUGGACAUGAAUAACGGGGACAACGAUCCCAUGAGCAUGAACCAGCAGUAUCAGCCGUCGGGAGACAACUCGUCUCGGGUUAACGGCCAGGCCGUGAACUACGGUCCGAACUCGAACGGCCCUACGCAGACAACUCCAACCUCGUUAUCACGCGAGAUGUCGAGCAACUCGGGCCAGACUUCAUCACAAUCCCCUAACAACCGAUCUUCUUCAAUGGCAGCAAGCCAGGUCGCGGCCGCGCCGCCUACUGCAGAAACUACUCCUGCCGGAGGACCCCAGACUCCUCGCGCCGAGUCCAAGGAGAAGAACGUCUACUCCAAGAGCGGCUUCGACAUGCUCCGAGCGUUAUGGUACGUGGCGACACGAAAAGAUCCCGAAAUCCACUUGGGCGCCGUGGACAUGUCCUGCGCAUUCGUCGUUUGCGACGUCUCAUUGAACGACUGUCCCAUCAUCUACGUCUCGGACAACUUUCAGAAUUUGACGGGCUACAGCCGCCAUGAGAUUGUCGGUCAAAACUGUCGCUUUCUUCAGGCACCGGAUGGCAAGGUGGAAGCCGGCUCCAAGCGCGAGUUUGUAGACGACGCAUCUGUCUACAACUUGAAGAAGAAGAUCGCCGAGGGUCGCGAGGUCCAGCAAAGCUUGAUCAACUACCGCAAGGGCGGAAAGCCUUUCCUCAACCUCUUGACCAUGAUUCCCAUUCCGUGGGACGAUCCCAACGAAGUACGUUUCUUCGUCGGCUUUCAGAUCGAUCUGGUAGAGUGUCCGGAUGCCAUUGCUCAAGGCCAGGAAGCUGGCGGCGUCAAAGUUAACUACAAGCAUAGCGACAUUGGCCAGUAUAUCUGGACACCUCCGACUGUGAACACAGUCGAGCCCGAGAAUGGACAGACGCUUGGUGUUGACGAUGUGUCCACACUACUGCAGCAGUUCAAUCCGAAGGGCGUGGUGUCUGACUGGCACAAACAGUCGUGGGACAAGAUGCUGCUGGAGAAUACUGAUGACGUGAGAGUGUUGGAGUACGAUGCGACUGAGUUGGUUGGCAACUCGCUGUCAACCGUCUGCCAUCCGUCCGACAUUGUACCCGUAACCCGAGAGUUGAAGGACGCCACUGCUGGCAACUCAGUCAACAUCGUUUUCCGCAUUAGACGGAAACAGAGUGGCUACACGUGGUUCGAAAGCCAUGGCUCGCUGUUCUUCGAACACGGCAAGGGCAGGAAGUGCAUCAUUCUGGUAGGAAGAAAACGACCUGUCUUUGCAUUGAGCCGGCGAGACUUGGAAGCACACGGAGGCAUCGGCGACAGCGAAUUAUGGACAAAGAUCUCGGUAUCUGGCAUGUUCCUGUUCGUCUCCUCCAAUAUUCGCUCUCUGCUCGACUUACAGCCAGACUCCCUGAUAGGCACCAGCAUGCAGGAGCUGAUGCGCAGAGAGAGUCGUGCUGAAUUUGGUCGAGCGAUUGAGAAGGCAAGAAGGGGUAAGAUUGUUACUUGCAAACACGAAGUUCACAACAGGAGAGGACAGGUCCUUCAAGCACAAACAAUACUGUACCCCGGGGACGCCGCAGAUGGCCAGAAACCGACUUUUUUGCUGGCACAGACCAAGCUCCUAAAGGCUUCUUCAAGGGCCAUUGCACCGGCAGCUACACCGCCUGGCAGCGUCAAAUCCACUUCUCAAGUCAUUCCGAACGCGCAGCCCACUCAGAACACCGAUCUAACAAAGACUGGGCCGAUGUCCGUACCAGGCGGCAAGACGAUUCCGGGCUCGCAGGAGGCAGCUUUGGCUUCAGACGACAACAUCUUUGACGAGCUCCGGACGACCAAGUGCUCCAGCUGGCAGUUUGAGUUGCGCCAGAUGGAGAAGGUUAAUAGGAUCCUUGCCGAAGAACUGGGCGGCUUACUAUCGAAUAAGAAGAAGAGAAAGAGAAGAAAGGGAGUCGGCAAUGUCGUCCGCGACUGCGCCAACUGCCAUACGCGUAACACGCCUGAAUGGCGAAGAGGGCCUAGUGGUCAAAGAGACCUGUGCAACAGCUGUGGCCUCCGCUGGGCAAAGCAGGUGAGAAGCACCGAGCCCUCUUUGGUAGAUGGCCCGGAGGAUCACGAUAUUAAUGAGGAAUAG